CCUGUCUAACAGAGUGUCAGGGUGCAACAAAGAACAGCAUCAUCAAAGCUGGUCUUUUCGCAACCUGACUACAAGAGGACAGAGGAAGGAGACCAUUUGGCAGGAUAGGCUGAUUUAUGACAGGGUCUGGUCUUCAAACGUGGGAAAGGACCAAAGGAAAGGGAGGUGUGGAUGGAGAAGGAGGAGGGGGGAGGCAACAACCCCAUAUACUGAGGGGGAAAGCGGAAGAGGGUCAGUAAAAGCUUUUGCAGUCAUCUUGGCAAGGCGGAUUCAAUAAAGUUUUCCAUUGCGACCAGCGGUGUGAGCCUAUUUCUUGGGUCCUACACCUUCCAGGAGCGGACAUUAAGCUUUUACUCCCUUUUUUUUCCGGCUCAUCCCGUGAGGAAAGGUCUCUCCGGUGAGAGCAUGAACCCUGAUGGAGGAGAAACCAUGAAGGAAUUCCUCUUCCUGGAAGAAGAACAGGCGAACCCUCGAGGUGCAGAGGAGUUGAGAGAGGAAAGGAACCCAUCGCCCGCAUUGAGCGAAGGGGGGACAGACCCCUCGGACCCGUCGUGGAAGCCGCUGACCUCCACCCAGUUACCCGCAGGCAGGGGAGUGACGAUGGAUCUGAUGCAGCGGCAGGUAAACGAGUCCUGGAGGGCGACAGUCGAGCAACGGGAGCAGAGGAGAGGGCUGCCCGGGAGAGGCACUGAACCCCGUCCCUUUGCCGGGGAGGGUCCACAGGACUAUGUGGAUGAGAUGCCUCAGCAGGGCACAUCAGUUUUCCCCACGGGCCUGUCGGGAAGGAGCCAAAUGCCUGGGAAGGGAGAAUUUCGGGUGAAGUUCAACGGGGACCCCAAACAGCUGUCUUAUUUCAUUACAAACGUAAGACACUUCAUGGAGGAUUUUGGGGACCAAUUCCCUUCAGAAAGCGCAAAAAUCCACAUGGUGGGGGCAAACUUGAAAGAAGCAGCUGCAGACUGGCUAAUGCAGAUGUAUGAUACUGGUGCCCGGGAGCUAGCCUGUCUGGAGGAUUUCCUAAGAGCCCUCCGUGAGAGAUUCGAAGACCCUUUGGCAGAGGAGAGGGCGAAGGCCCAACUCAAAAGGAUAUACCAGGGAGGAAGGACAGUGUCAGAAUAUGCCCUGGAAUUUAAAGCCACAGCGGGGAAGAUCAGGGACUGGUCCGACACCACCAAACUGGAAUAUUUCAGGGCUGGUUUACGCUCUGAGGUGCUCGAGUGGGCUUUACACAGAGGAAAUCCAAGAGACUUGGAGGACUGGAUUUUGCUAGCGGGGCGCGUGGAGGUGGACCAACAGCAAAUCUCUCGUCGUCCAAGGGAGAGCAACAGAAUCAAACCCCCGACAGCAGCAACACGGCGCUUCUCCCCUCGUCGCGGAAGGUCGACCAGCAGGGAGAGGAGAGCAGGGAGGGGGGCCUGCUUCGCUUGCGGCCGCGAGGGACAUCGAGCGGCAGAGUGUCCGAAAGGGACAGGCGUGGAGACAAAAGGAGAGAGGCUUCACAGCCAGAAGCCACCCCACCAGAGCUCCAAACUAGCAAAAGGGAAAGCUGCCAUGGCAACGGAAAUGGCUUUAGCCCCAGGGCAGCUUCAAGCAGAAGAGAUGGAGGAAGCGGAGGACCUGGAGUUACCGGGAAACGACUGGGAUCUGUUUUGAACGCCCGGAAACAGAUCGAACCACCAGAGGGCGACGGGGGUGAGUUGAGAAGAGUAAAUUGUGACAUUGUGAGAGUCAGAGUGAGGCUGUUGAACCCAGAGACAGGGAUUCAGGUAGAGGCAGAUGCUAUGUUGGACUGUGGGUGCACGAGAUGCCUAAUUACUCCCGAACUAGCAAACAGGUUGGGGGUGGAGCCAAACCCACUAAAGACACCAGUAGUCUUCGCACAAUUGGAUGGAACCCCAGCAUACGGAGUCCCAGUAACAGAAAAAACAGGGUUUUUAAGAAUGACUAUGGGUUCUCAUGCUGAGACAUUGCAAUUUGUGAUUUCAACAAUGGCACAUCAGCCAGUCAUUUUGGGCGUUCCUUGGCUGAGAUGGCAAAACCCUCAGAUUGACUGGAAAAGGGAGACAUUUACUUUCUGGGAUGGAAAUUGCAAUUUUGAGAGUACCCCGAAAGACAUAGAGGUACUGGAGCCAGAGGGGGCGAUAGCAGCCACGUCACAGGGGGUACCAUUGGAAAGCGUUCCCAGAGUCUACCAUGAAUUCGCAGAGGUGUUCAGUGAGAAGGAGUGUGACCAGUUGCCCCCUCAUAGGAAGACGGACUGUGCAAUUGAAAUAGACCCCAAUGCCAAACUACCUAAGCCAAAACUCUAUGCAAUGUCGGAACCAGAGAAAAGGGCACUCAGAGAAUUUAUUGACAAAAAUAUAGAGAGAGGCUUCAUUGAGCCAUCUCAGUCCCCCAUGGCAGCGCCAGUAUUUUUCAGGCCAAAAGCAGACGGCCUAAGAUUGGUCGUGGAUUAUAGAGGUCUUAACGCAAUAUCCACCACAAACCAAUACCCGCUUCCCCUAAUGUCAGAGAUGUUGGCGCAAUUGGGCGAGGCAUGCAUCUUUACCAAACUGGACUUGCGGGAGGCUUUUUAUAGGAUUCGAAUCAAAGAUGAAGACUGUUGGAAAACGGCUUUUAAUUGUCACCUUGGGCAGUACCAUUUUAAAGUUUUACCUUUUGGCUUGUGCGGAGGUCCAAAGGUGUUCAUGCAGUUCAUAAAUGAGACCUUUCGUGACAUGCUAUAUAAGGGGGUUAUUAUAUAUCUCGAUGACAUUCUUUUGUACAGUAAAUCACUGUCUGAACACAUUAGGCUGACUCGAGAAGUCUUGCGGAGAUUAAAGGAGAAUCAGCUUUAUG